AGCAACGAUGGACGUGAAGCGAACCGACACCGGGUUCCUAGCAAUAGCAACAGAGGCGGAGAACGACGGAAAGAAGACCUCGGAACCUCCGGGAAAGAUCAAGGAAUUAUUGAAGGAGUUCCAAGACAUUCUUCCUGACGAUCUUCCGAACGAGCUACCGCCACACUGGACGCAUCAACACGAGAUCGUAGAGGAACCGGGUUCGAAGCCGACCUUCCGAGCACCAUAUCGGCUCAGCCCUACGGAGCUGACCGACAUGAAAAAACAGAUCGAGUAUGUCCUAGCCAAAAGACUCAUCCGACCAUCCACUUCGCCGUACGGUGCCCCUGUACUCUUCACACCGAAACCGGACAGAAGCCUGUGCAUGUGCAUUGACUACCGAGCUUUUAACAAGCAGACCAUCAAGAAUAAAUAUCCGAUACCGCGAAUCGAUGACCUGCUUGGCCAGCUUCGGGGAGCUACGGUAUUUUCCAAACUAGAUCUGCGGUCCGGAUAUUGGCAGAUACGGAUGGCGGACAACUCUAUCCACAAAUCUGCUUUCCGAACUCGGUAUGGAUCGUACGAGUAUUUGGCAAUGCCGUUCGGACUCACCAACGCACCGGCAACAUUCCAAGCCGAAAUGAACCACAUUCUACGACCACUUUUGGACGAGUGCGUGGUGGUGUACCUGGACGACAUCGUCAUCUACUCACGCAACAUGAAGCAACACAGUGAAUUCGCCCUUGAGAAGGUCCAGUUCCUAGGACGCUUGGUGAGCGCUCAAGGAGUUCACGUCGACCCCAAGAAAAUCGAAGCCGUACGUACAUGGAAGACACCCGAGAACGUGAAGGAGUUGCAGCAGUUCCUAGGCUUCGCUAAUUACUACAACAGGUUCGUGCCACAAUAUGCGAAAAUUGCAGCACCACUCACGAAUCUGCUGAAGAAGAACACGCCCUACAAAUGGGAGCCGAAGCACCGGGAGGCCGUGGAGCAGCUGAAACAAGCACUUACGUGCGCACCUGUACUCAUCUUGCCAGAUCCCGAACGCGACUACGUUAUCGAAGCUGACGCCAGCGACCAGACAGUGGGAGCAGUCUUGAUGCAAGACCAAGGGAAUGGACUGCAACCAAUCGCCUACCUGAGUAAGAAACUACACGGGGCAGAACGCAACUACCCGAUACACGACAAAGAGGCCCUGGCUAUCAUCAUCGCCUUCAAAGCAUGGAGAUGUUAUCUCGAAGGACGAAGAACAACCGUCUACACCGACCACUGCAGCCUGAAAUACUUGAAGACACAACCCAACCUUUCCAGGCCGCAAGUCCGGUGGAUCGACUUCCUCGAGACACACUUCCACUAGGACAUCGUGUACAAGCCCGGUCA